AUGGUUCGGACUCUCUUGUCUCCCGUCGUACUCUUGACGACCGCUGUUGGGCCUGCCUUCGCACUACCCGGAAAGCGCUCAUCAGGUUUGCCUGCUUCAUCCACCCCCGUUGCCGGAAGUGGAGGUGACUACGCAACCGCAACUGCAUCUGAUGUUACAACUACAGCUCAGACCACAGAAUCAUCGCCAUCUGCAACUGAAACUAUUAUCAUAGCAGCAAAGGGACAAGAUGAGGUAAAAGCCGACGGUAACUCCAAAUGGCUCACUUACUGGGUGACUCGUGAGCCGGACUGGUGCAAUGGCGCAAACUCUAGCCACACUAUCACAAGUCCUAAGGUUAGAGAGUACCAACAGCCGCCAAAUAUAUAUUAUGGGAGUCAAUACAAGGACCCAGACUUCUUAGAUGGCUGCUCAUAUGAUACCAAUGGACAUUCAUUUGGUUGUGAUGGUUGGAGUGCCUCUUGCCGCGUGGUAACCUCUAACGGCUUAAACGGAGAGAAAGUGGCCACUUGUGAUGAUUUGGACGUCUUGAAGCUUAUCACAUGUGUUAAAGAUGCUUCGGCAACAACAGCCACGCAGACAAUCGAGGCUUCUGAUGCAACUACUACUGGGCCUAAUCCUGCUUACACAUCAAGCUGCAAUGAAGUUAAUCUCAGCUUGGAUGCGUGGAAGGAUGAAAAGAUGGAGGACUUUUUGCUCGACCUGUUAGUCAACCUGUCUCAAGUUUCUUCAUUGAUAACAUCCAAGUCAUGA